AUGCUUUCUGACAGGGACUCUGAAAUACCACUUGGCAAUGUUCGAGCCCAUUUUUGCAGCAGGAUAUAUAGCUCCUGUCCUCAGAGUUUCCAGUCAGUAAAGAGAACGGACAGAGAAGAAAUCCUCUUGAAGCAUCAAACAGCACUCAACCAGCAGCAGCCCUUUACAACAGUUUCUUUAAAAAUAUCUAUUGAAGUUUCAGCAGCAACUCUUUCUGCUCCUACCCAACAUGCUGAACUGCCUGAAAUCAGUCGUCGUUCGGCAGGUUAUCAUCCCACCAUCUGGGGUGACCAUUUUCUCUCAUAUGCCUCGAACUCUUUGGAAAAUGAUGGUGAUGACAACAACAAGCAAGAGCAUCAGAAGCUGAAUAAUGAAUUGAGGAAGAUGCUAAUGGCUGAUCAGGUUGAUAAACCAUUGGAAAAAUUAAAGUUGAUUGAUGCAAUCCAACGCCUAGGGUUUUCCUAUCAUUUCGAAAAAGUGAUUGACCUAGUGCUGCAGCAAAUGCACUCGUCCCACGACGAUUGUGAUAUUGGGGUCAAUGAUGAGGACCUUUAUACCAUUUCUCUCAAAUUUCGUCUGCUUCGACAAAAUGGUUAUAAAAUGUCAAGUGAUGCCUUCAACAAAUUCAGGGACAGUGAAGGGAAGUUCAAGGAAUGUCUUAUCAAUGAUGUUCAAGGAAUGUUAAGCUUGUAUGAGGCCACGCAUUUGAGGGUGCAUGGGGAAGACAUUCUGGAUCAAGCACUUGCUUUCACUACUACUCACCUUGAGACCAUGGCUACCUGCUUGAACUCUUCUCUUGCAGCACAAAUUAGUCAAGCUUUAAGGCAACCAAUCAGAAAAGGCUUGACAAGGAUUGAGGCCAGGCACUACAUCCCUGUCUAUGAAGAAGACCCCUCCCAUAGUGAAGCUGUAUUAACCUUUGCGAAGUUAGAUUUCAAUAUGUUGCAAAGGUUGCACCAGGAAGAAGUUAGUGAAAUUGCAAAGUGGUGGAAAGACUUGGAUUUUUCAAGGAAGCUGCCUUUUAUCAGAGACAGAGUGAUAGAGUGAUACUUUUGGGCAUUGGGAGUGUACUUUGAGCCUGAAUAUAGGUUGGCCAGAAGAAUAUUAACCAAAGUCAUUGCCAUGACUUCUGUUAUUGAUGAUAUCUAUGAUGUGUAUGGCACACUUGAAGAACUUGCUCUCUUUACAAGUGCAGUUGAGAGGUGGGAUAUAUCUGAAAAAGAUCACCUACCGGAGUACAUGCAAAUCUGUUAUCAGGCACUCCUAGAUGUUUGCAAAGAAACUGAAGAAACAAUGACAGAAGAAGGAAAAUUAUACCGCCUUGACUAUGCCAUAGAAGCUAUGAAAAAUCAAGUUAGAGCUUACUUUCGCGAAGCUGAAUGGUUCCAUAACCACCACGUACCGACCAUGGAGGAGUACAUGGCAGUUGCAUUAGUUACCUCUUCCUAUGCAAUGCUUGCAACCACUUCUUUUGUAGGAAUGGGAGAUGUUGCAACCAAAGAAGUUUUCGAAUCGUUGUUUAGUGACCCCAAGAUGGUUACUGCCUCUUCCAUUGUCUGUAGACUCAUGGAUGACAUUGUGUCCCACAAGUUUGAGCAAAAGAGGGGACACGUAGCAUCAGCCAUUGAAUGCUACACGAAGCAGCAUGGUGCUACAGAAGAAGAAGCUGUCAAGGAAUUUCGCAAACAAAUUGCUGAUGCAUGGAAAGAUAUAAAUGAAGAAUGCUUGUAUCCAACAACAGUCCCCAUGCCACUCCUCACUCGGAUUCUCAACCUUGCACGCGUAAUCGAUGUAGUUUACAAGACUGAAGAUGGCUAUACUCAUGCAGGAGUGAUGCUCAAGGACUUUGUAGCUUCUCUGCUCAUUGAUCCUGUGCCUAUAUGAGCAUUUUGUCUUUUCAUACACUACAACUUAAUUAUCAAUAAACUAAUUAAGUUGAUUAAGUUAAUUAAGAUGUUUUAUGGUCCUCGAGUUGUGGUUGUAAUGAAAUGUCCUGGGUGGGUGUGUUUGGAGCAUAGGCCAUGGAUACAAGGUCACCGUUAUGUCAAAGCCUUGGAAGAACAUCAAUCAAAUCUUCCUCUACUUGUUCAAU